CCCCGCGGCGCCGGGCGCGCUGCAGCGGCCGCCCCGCACUGCCGGCGCGGCUCCCGCGGCCGCCGCGCGCCCAUCAUGGCUGCGUGCGCCGGGCCCCGCGCCCCCCGUCCCCUCCUGCUGCUGCUGCUGCUGCUGGGCGGCUGCGGGGCCAGCCUGCCCCCGGAGCCGCCGCCGCCGCCGAGCCCCCAGCCCCUGCCCGAGUCGGCUCUGCAGAAGCCCACCGUGUUCCUGGCCAUCAUCGCCCGCAACGCGGCGCACGCGCUGCCCCACUUCCUCGGCUGCAUCGAGAGGCUGCACUACCCCAAGAGCAGGAUCGCCCUCUGGGCAGCCACUGACCACAAUGUUGAUAACACCACAGCGAUCCUUAGAGAGUGGCUGAAGAACGUGCAGAACCUCUAUCACUAUGUGGAGUGGAGGCCGAUGGAGGACCCCCAGUCUUACCCAGAAGAAAUUGGACCGAAACAUUGGCCAAGCUCUCGAUUUACCCAUGUCAUGAAACUCCGACAGGCUGCCCUUCGUGCUGCACGAGAGAACUGGUCAGACUAUGUCUUGUUCAUCGAUGCAGAUAAUUUAUUGACCAACCCGCAAACCCUGAACCUGAUGAUAGCAGAAAACAAAACGUUGGUAGCACCAAUGCUCGAGUCUCGCUCUCUGUACUCUAACUUCUGGUGUGGCAUCACUCCCCAGGGCUAUUACAAAAGGACCCUGGAUUAUCCCCUGAUUCGGGAAUGGAAGAGGACAGGCUGUUUUGCUGUCCCGAUGGUUCAUUCCACAUUCCUCGUCGACCUGAGGAAAGAGGCCUCCACCAAGCUGAUGUUCUACCCUCCCCACCAGGACUACACCUGGAGCUUUGACGAUAUCAUUGUCUUUGCCUUCUCCAGUCGCCAAGCAGGAAUUCAGAUGUUCAUCUGCAACCGUGAACACUAUGGUUUCCUUCCCAUGCCUCUGAAAUCACACCAGACCCUGCAAGAAGAGACUGAGAACUUUGUGCACACACUAAUUGAGGCCAUGAUUGAUCGUCCUCCCAUUGAACCCUCUCAGUAUGUCUCUGUUCCCCCGAAGCACCCUGACAAGAUGGGAUUUGAUGAAAUUUUCAUGAUCAACUUGAAGCGGCGGAAGGACAGGCGGGAUCGGAUGCUGCGGACUCUCUAUGAACAGGAGAUUGCAGUCAAGAUAGUGGAGGCUGUGGAUGGAAAAGCACUGAACACGAGUCAGCUCAAAGCUCUCAGCAUUGAUAUGCUUCCUGGUUACCGGGACCCGUAUUCCUCCAGGCCACUAACCAGGGGAGAGAUCGGCUGCUUCCUUAGUCACUAUUACAUCUGGAAGGAGGUGGUGAAUAGAGAACUGGAGAAGACGCUCGUUAUUGAGGACGAUGUUCGCUUUGAACACCAGUUUAAAAGGAAGCUCAUGAAGCUGAUGGAUGACAUUGAACAAGCCCAGCUAGACUGGGAACUUAUCUACAUUGGCCGGAAAAGGAUGCAGGUGCAGCAACCUGAGAAAGCAGUUCCCAAUGUUAUGAACCUGGUGGAAGCUGAUUACUCGUACUGGACCCUGGGGUAUGCGAUCUCUUUCCAAGGGGCUCAGAAACUCAUCGGAGCUGAGCCUUUCAGCAAGAUGCUGCCUGUAGAUGAAUUUCUGCCAGUCAUGUACAACAAGCACCCUGUAGUGAAGUACAUGGAGUACUACGAGUCCAGAGACUUGAAAGCCUUUUCAGCAGAACCCUUGCUUGUUUAUCCCACCCACUACACAGGGCAGCCAGGCUACCUCAGUGACACAGAGACCUCUACAAUCUGGGAUAAUGAGACUGUGUCAACUGACUGGGACAGAACGCACUCCUGGAAAUCCCGGCAGCAGGGCAAGAUCCACAGCGAUGCCCAGAACAAGGAUGCCCUGCCUCCCCAGUCCUCUCUCAAUGCACCGUCCUCCAGGGAUGAACUAUGACUGCCCGCGUCCCCCGGGACUCUGUCAGCAGCUGAACCUGCCUCACCCUUGAGCUUUUCACCCUAGAAGCUUGCAGAGCUGUUCAUGUGGUCUCCUUCCCGCUACCUGAAAGGCAAAGCAGGGUGGUUGGACCCGCUUGUGUUGCAGCUAACCAGGUGCUUUUCCAGGACGGGGGAGAGCUGCAGGAGGAAGAAGAAGUGUUCCAGACUGGCAGAAAGAAAGGGGAGAGAUCUGAACAAAAGCUCUUGCAAGCUUGUGUUUAAAAAAGACAAAGACAAAAACUGAGUGACGUCUUUCUACAGUUCCUUAUGUAGAAUACCGUAUUUAUAAAGAUUAAUAUAUAGAGGAACUCUGAGGUGUACAAGUAUUGAUACCUUUCUGGAUAGCUGUCAGUGAGCUGCUGUAUAACUGUUACUCACUGUAGGUUUGCAGGGACUUAUAAUCCCGAUUACUGAGAAAAACUGCAGGCAAGCGUUUGGGUUAUUUGGUUUUGUUUUUCGAAAGGAUACUUGUCAAAAUCAAAAUGGUUUCCAAAAGUGUUCAAUGCACUGGAGCAGCGCUCCUCUCCUUUAUCGCAGUGCUGUAGACAACUGUUUCUGGCAUCUCCUCCAUAAAUUUCAAAACCUCCUAGAACCUGUCUAAACAGGUCUGCGGAUCCAGAACUGAUGUCUUGGCGUAUCUAAAAUCUUGAAAACUAACAAGAGAAAAUGGUGCUCACUGUUUUGUGUUCCCUUCAGACAGUGCAGAGAGGCAGAGUUAGUCUGUGUCUGUCUGGCUUCACCCUGCCUCAAAUUAUUCCUCAGAAAAAAAAAAAAACAAAAGAGAAAAAACCAAGCCAGUCUUUGCCCAGGCCUGUUUAAUUAAGCCACAAAAAUCAGGUGUAGGACUUCUAGGGACUUUCAUUAUUGCAAGUCUGGUUACAAACUGCUUAACAUUAUUCUUAUAGAAGCAAAACAACCUACAGAAACAUUAGUGGUGUCAGCUGUACUCGGCAGCCUCAGAACUGUGUGUUUUAGGACGGAAAGGCAACUUGUCUUUUGAUACUUUUUCAUGUGAGGAGCAAACUUGUCUUUUUUUGGAUGAGUUCUGAUGUAUUUGUUAUUGGGUAACAUGUCAGCAGAAUAUGCUGUUUAUUUGUUCGAAAUGGUUUCCCAGAGGCCAGGCGACCAUGGACUACACUGCCUAGGUUUAGCUGCCGCGGAUCUCGAGCUGCAGGCUGUUGCGUGGAGGGGAGGAUGCCCUCCCGGACUAGCAGCCUAAAGAGACUGUCGCCUGCUGGUGAUCUGUACCGUUGGGUAUGCGUGGUGGGUUUUUUACACAUUUGGUUUUGUUUGUUUUUAAUAAUUGCUGAUCAGUGUUGUGCUUUCUGCUAAAGAAGUCGUGUUAUUUUCUGUCAGCGGGUCUGAUAAUACAUAGAACCUGGUGCAAGACAA